AAAAGUGAACUAAAAGCUUCAUAUGCAAGAAUGUGGUUUCAAGUUGCGGUACACCUGCGCUGAAAAGGGCGGUUUGUAGUCGAAGUUGAUGCUGCUGAAGUUUGUUGUUCAACCCUGUUGAAGUCUCCUGUUUUUGCUGACGCUUGUCUGAAUAUCCCACCAUUACAAUGAGCUUUUUUUCCUAUCUGGACCCCAGGAGGAUCCAGUGGGGUGCCACCUGGUACGCCAUGCACUCCAGGAUCCUACGCACCAAACCUGUGGAGUCAAUGCUAGAAGGGACAGGCAGCACCACCUCUCAUGGGACCAAGCUGGCCCAGGUGCUCACUACAAUGGAUCUGGUUUCACUCGGAGUUGGAAGCUGUGUUGGCACUGGCAUGUAUGUAGUGUCUGGGCUGGUUGCUAAGGAGAUGGCUGGGCCUGGGGUCAUUGUUUCCUUCAUUAUUGCAGCAGUUGCCUCUAUUUUGUCAGGUGUUUGUUAUGCUGAGUUCGGAGUGCGUGUCCCGAAAACCACAGGCUCUGCCUACACCUACAGCUACGUGACAGUCGGGGAGUUUGUGGCAUUUUUUAUUGGCUGGAACCUGAUCCUGGAGUACCUGAUUGGCACAGCAGCUGGUGCAAGUGCCCUCAGCAGCAUGUUUGACUCCCUGGCAAAUCACACCAUCAGCCGUUGGAUGGUUGACAGUGUUGGAACCUUAAAUGGACUGGGGAAUGGAGAAGAAUCAUAUCCAGAUCUUCUCGCGUUGGCUAUUGCGGUCAUUGUAACCAUCAUUGUCGCCAUGGGGGUGAAGAACUCUGUGGGAUUUAACAACGUGCUCAAUGCAAUUAACCUGGCAGUAUGGAUCUUCAUCAUAGUUGCUGGGCUUGUCUUUGUCAAUGGUGACAACUGGUCUGAAGGGCAGUUCUUGCCAUUUGGAUGGUCUGGGGUGCUCAAAGGUGCAGCUACUUGUUUUUAUGCCUUUAUCGGCUUUGACAUAAUCGCCACCACAGGAGAAGAAGCUAAGAGUCCCAACACCUCCAUUCCCUAUGCGAUCACAGCUUCAUUGAUCACGUGCCUGACAGCAUACGUAUCUGUGAGUGUUAUCUUAACUCUCAUGGUGCCCUACUCUGCCAUUGAUACCGAGUCCCCUUUGAUGGAAAUGUUUGUAGCCCGGGGAUUCUAUGCCGCUAAAUUCGUUGUCGCCAUUGGAUCUGUAGCGGGAUUGACAGUGAGCUUGCUAGGCUCCCUUUUCCCAAUGCCUAGGGUCAUUUAUGCCAUGGCUGGUGAUGGGCUGCUCUUCAGAUUUUUGUCCCAUGUGAGUUCUUACACGGAGACUCCAGUGGUGGCUUGUAUUGUCUCAGGAUUUCUAGCAGCACUUCUCUCCUUGCUGGUCAGCCUAAGGGAUCUGAUAGAAAUGAUGUCCAUUGGCACACUCCUGGCCUACACUUUGGUCUCUGUUUGUGUCUUGCUUCUCCGAUACCAGCCAGAAAGUGACAUUGAUGGCUUUGUCAAAUUCCUCUCUGAGGAACACACCAAAAAGAAGGAAGGGAUUUUAGCUGACUGUGAGAAGGAGGUUUGCUCUCCAGUGAGUGAAGGGGAGGAGUUUACUGGCCCGCUCACCAACACGUGUGGUGCAAAAAAUCUGCCGUCAUUGGGUGAUAACGAGAUGCUCAUUGGGAAAUCAGAUAAACCUACCUACAACAUCAACCACCCCAACUAUGGCACAGUUGACAUGACCUCAGGAAUUGAAGCAGAUGAGUCUGAAAACAUUUACCUCAUCAAGCUGAAGAAGUUAAUAGGGCCACGUUAUUACACAAUGAGGAUUCACCUGGGACUUCCGGGGAAAAUGGAUCGCCCAACUGCAGCCACUGGCCACACUGUCACCACCUGUGUGCUCCUGCUUUUUGUCCUCAUGUUCAUCUUCUGCUCUUUCAUUAUUUUCGGGGCAGACUAUAUCUCUGACAAGAGCUGGUGGGCUGUUCUCCUGGUGGUGUUGAUGGUCCUGCUCAUCAUUGCACUGGUAUUUGUGAUCUUGCAACAGCCUGAAAACCCCAAAAAGCUGCCAUAUAUGGCACCUUGUCUCCCUUUCGUCCCUGCGUUUGCCAUGUUGGUGAAUAUUUAUCUCAUGCUGAAGCUCUCCUCAAUCACGUGGAUCCGAUUUGCUGUCUGGUGCUUUGUGGGCUUGCUCAUUUACUUUGGCUACGGCAUGUGGAACAGCACACUUGAAAUCAGUGCCCGGGAAGAGGUCCUUCAUCAGAGCACAUACCAGCGCUAUGACGUGGAUGUUGACCCAUUCUCGGUCGAAGAAGGCUUUUCCUAUGCUAAUGAGAGUGACCACUACCAGGACUGGGCACCUUCAGAAGACAAAGGCUUCUCUUACCAGCAGAUGUCAGAAGCAAAGGAAAGCAGUCGGACGAGUAGCAAAUCGAAAAGCAAAGGCAAACACAAACAGAACUCUGAGGCCCUGAUUGCAAAUGAUGAGCUUGACUACUCACCAGAGUAGACCUAACACCCACAAAACCACAAUGCUAUUUCUCACUAACCUAACCCUUGGGCUAGAAUGUGAAGGCUUCUUUGGCUCUCAUUUUAAAUUCCACCCUUCCUAAAACUCCCAAAAUCACAUCACUUACUUGCUUACUUUUUUACUCUUCAGGUUAGUUCUAUAAAAUUUGUAUCCUGAAUUUUGAGAUUGUCACACUGAACAAAACAAGAAAGUGACCCAUUCUGAGUCCACCAGUGUGGCCUGUCUUGGUGAAUAUUACCAAGAGGGCCAGCAGAUGGAUGGAUUGGCUGACUGGCAGAUUCUUUCUAUGUCUAUUAAGCAUUCUGUUGACCUCUUUUGACAUCACUGACAAUGAAAUUUAAAUGAGAGAUGUGCCAAAUAGGGCAAGUGUUGUGUGAGCAGUUACACGAGCAGCUGAUCUGAUGGGGUCAUGAGACAUACUCUCUGUUCUUUCCAUAGAGAAUAUUUACCCCAUGACUAUACUGGUGUGGACCAACAUAUUUGGCAUUUUCUUAGCAAGUAUAUUUUUUUCCCUUAAACUUAUAGAAAGAAAACUUUUGCUAGCUAGGGAUAAGCACACUGAGGCAGUAAAACAUUUCCCAAGGGAAUCUCAGGAGCAGAUUAAAGGUGGAUUCAGGGAUCUUGGUCUCAUAGAGCAAAAUGUUCAUCCUCCAUUUUAGCACCCACUGCAAACACCAUAGCGAGGGAUGAGCCUGAACCAAACUCCCUGAAUGUAAACACCCCACGCUCUGGAAUUAAAACGCAAUCUUCAUAGUUUGCACCAUAUUCUAGAACAGACCGAAGGAAAAACUUCAGAUCCCAGCACACCUGGGUUUCUUAGAUCCGGAUCUAAAUUUUGUGGUUUGCGCCCAUCUUUCACUAUGAUGAGAGUCACUCCUCAUCUAGACUUAAUUCAUUCCACUAUAUAAUACUCAUCAAUUUCAAACUCCAUUUCUCUUGGCACCAUCGGUACCAAGGCUUGGACUCCAUUGCCAUCAUUAUGUGUCUUCUACUGAUUCACUGAUCCUCAAUAGUUUGUCAUUCAGAUGGGCUAAGU